AUGUCUCACCCGCCCCCUGGAACCAUCACCUUUGGAAGCGACACAACUUGUAGCUUGGACACCUGCCCCGCGGAAUGGAGCAUUCUCGGCUAUCGUCCCUCGCUCACCGCAAACGCCGUCUUUUGCGUCCUCUUUGGCAUCGUUGGAAUCGCUCACCUCUAUCUCGGCGUGCGAUGGAGGACGUGGGGCUUCACCAUCCCCGUCAUCGUCGGCUGCAUCACCGAGAUUAUCGGGUACAUUGGCAGGAUAAUGCUGUGGAACAAUCCCUUUUCCUUCAACGGCUUCAUGAUCCAGAUUGUCACCCUCACCACUGCCCCCGUCUUUUACACGGCUUCCAUCUAUGUGACCCUGUCCAAGUCAAUCAUGUUUCUCGGCCCGGAACUCUCUCGCUUCAAGCCCCAGCUGUUUUACUACAUCUUCAUCCCCUUUGAUAUUGUCUGCCUCGCCCUUCAGGCUGCGGGCGGCGCCAUGUCGGCAAACACCACGGGCUCCAACCAAGUCGGUGUCGAUGUGUCCCAGGCAGGUCUCAGCCUCCAGGUCAUCGUCCUGACCGCCUUCAUCGUCACCUUUGCAGACUACAUGGUCCGCUACUUUCGGUCUGGCCGCGCCUCCGGAUGGGGCUGGCGCCUCACUGCCUUCUUCUCCGGCUUGACGACCGCGACGCUGCUCAUCCUGGCCCGUUGCUGCUACCGUGUGGCGGAACUCAAGGACGGAUAUAGCAAAGGCCUCAUCAAGGAUCAGACAACCUUCAUCAUCCUGGAAGGUUCCAUUGUCUUCUUGGCGGCCGUUGCGCUUUGCUUUGGACAGCCGGGGCUGGGACUGAAGCGAGAAAGCAUUGAUGGACAGAAGUGGGAGAUGGAUACCUCGUUCACUUCACUACGCACGACGGACCAGCGCAAGACGAGUGACGCGCCGAUGGUGUAG